UAUUAUAAUUAACAAAUGAAGAUGGAUAAGUCCUUAAACAUUAUGAAAACGUUACUUAAAGGAAUGAAGUUAUGUAUUCCAUGCCUUACAAAAGAAAAUAAAUGCAAUUCUUUUAAUAAUGAAACCGAAUUUCGGAUGGCGUUUUAUUUGAAGCAAUUCAAAAAGUGGACACCAAACACGGGCAACAGAUCUUUCGAUUAUCAAGAAAAAAGAAAGACCAUUCGAUAUUUAUCCGAAAUUUGUUUUAAAUGGAAUAUACAAGAAAAAAAUACAAUACUGGAAUUAUUACAUCAAUUAUUCAAGCAUGAUAUAUAUUUUUAUAACCUUUUUACUAAUGUUUCCACCGUUUUACAGUUUAAAAACGAUCCAAAUGAAAAUGGAAAAUAUGAACACCUCAAUUACUUUUUGUUGCAAACUAAUAGAUUACGCGUAACUUUUGGAGAUGAAAAUUUGCGAAUAGCCGAUAUUGCAUUCUACAUCAAAUACCGUUCACGAAAUCCGAAAUUUUGUCUCGGAGCAAUUCUUAACUGUGAUCCAACCCUCCUCCUACUUUUGUUGCAACACGGGGCGUUAAUUAAAUGGAUGCUUACUACAAGACAGUGUAAUAUAAAUCAUAACGAUUACAAAUAUCUAAUUUAUUUGAUACUUUUAUUAUGGAGAGAAAAAAGAUUUGGAUACGAUAAUGUAGAAUUAGUGAAUGUGAAGAAGACAUCGGGCAUCCUACCUGAACUCAUUUCUAAUGCAAAUUUGUUACUAAGAGCUGUGCCAAAGUUGAGGAAUGCGUGCGGAAUACGUGAUACAGAAAAAUAUAAGCAUAAUUUUCAGUACGAAAAAAUAAUAGUGCCACAUAUCCUAGAUAAAUUUCAUAAAUUGUUACCAUCGUUAAUAGAAAGAUACUUGAAGCCUGCUAAAUUACAGCAUUUAUGUCGGUGCGUUAUCAGAUAUCGUCUUUGGUUGAAUUGGAAACUGCCACGGGGAAUCGAAUUAUUGCCCUUGCCAACAUUUUUAAAGAAUUACAUCAAUUUAUUAAUUGAUUAAUAAGUUUUUAUGCAAAUUUAUUUUUUGCGAUGCAAUAAGUGGAAAUUUCUUUUUGUAUGUUUGAAGUA